ACAGAGCUCGAAGAUUUCAAGGAUGGCGAUCUAUCGAUCGACACCACAUGGAAAAUAACGACGUGAACGUAAAAUUCGACGAAAUUACGUGUAGUUUUGCUUCGAAGCGCGAUCUGAUGUUCGCAAAAUUGUAACUUCGCGCCGGUCGAUCGAGCGGUCGCGUUGCAUGACUUUCGGAACGUCCGCGACGAAGAGAAGAGAGAACUUGCUGAGAAGCAAUACGACACACGGCUAAGCAAGCAAAGUGUAUAAUCGUAGUUACUGGGAAGACGUUUCAACGUGAUAACAUUGAUCGUUCGCAGCAGUUUUUACAACAUGUCAGAUUGGGACACCGCGCCUAUUACACUGCGUAAACGCGCUCCAAAAUCGUCCACACUCAAAACCGAGAAGGCGGUGAACGAUGCACGGCGGCAGGGUUUCACCGUAGAGACACAAGCGAAAUAUUCGAUAAAUACAAGGGGUGGCGGUGCAAACAGACAGCACGUAACCACAAAAAAUACAGCUAAAUUAGAUCGUGAAACAGAAGAAUUAAAACAUGAUCAAAUUCCACUUGAACUUGGUAAACUUAUACAACAAGGAAGGCAAAACAAAGGAUUAUCUCAAAAAGAUUUAGCUACAAAAGUAAAUGAAAAGGCACAAGUCAUUAAUGACUAUGAAGCAGGACGUGGAAUACCAAAUCAAAUGGUCAUUGGCAAGAUCGAGCGAGUACUUGGAAUUAAAUUGCGUGGUAAAGAUCGCGGCAGACCGUUAACGACCCCCGGGACGAAGAAGUGAAUCUCGGGGGGGAAACAGUCUACUUUCGAUCUUUAUAUACUAUUUCCAAGAAAGAACUAUGAGAAAGAUGGUAGAAUGGAAUGCAACAAACAAACCCCUAACCUUCUUUCCUUUGGUUACAUUGAUAUGAUAAGAAUGGGUUAUAAUUAACUUGCCUUUAUGGUAAAAGAAAUAUAUUUUAGGAUAUCGUGAAUACACGUGUAUGUGAAGUAACAUACACAGUACAUACAAUGCAUAUAGUGUAAUAUUAAACAAGGCUUAUUGAGUUACCUUUGCGUAAUCAUUUACAUAUUAUAGAUUUUCAAGUGUACAUUACUAAUGCUAAUUAUGAAGUAAGAGCAAAAUAUGUUUGAAUGACAGAAUAAAAUUCUUAAUUUAUAAUAAA